UCAUCCAGCACUUUUUUCUGUUUUUAUAAAUUGAGAGGAAAGGAAUGGUUGCAUGCUAGAAAAGAGGGUCGUCCUUGUUGCUUCUUCUCUUGCAACCUAAAUGGAAGUGCUAUGGAGGAGCAGGACAUGGAGGGGGCCUCUUUUCAACCUCUUGACAACACCGGGAACAAGAGCAGUGGUAGCCGUCCGGUACGGUUUCUGAUUCUUUCAUAGCAUGGGAGGCGGGCGGAUCCUUGUCAAUCCUCACUCUCAGGUGCUCUCCAAGAAGAAGCACCAGUCGUCCAGCCACAGCAACAGCAGCAGCAGCAGUAGCAGUGAUGGUGGCGGCGGCGGCAGCAGCAGCAAGCACGCUAAGAAUCGAGUGAGUAGCAGCAGUAUUAGCGGCGGCAGUAGCAAGAAAGAUCAUCCCGCGCGAUCAUGGCCCCAAGGUGCUCUGCAAGUGGUUGAAGCCCAGCUUGGCCUCCUCUCUGCCUCCUCCACCGGGGAUGAUUUCCAGCAGCAGCAGCAGCGGCAGGAAGAGCAGCAGCCAGCAGCGGGUGACGAUCAAUCGCCAUCGCCGAAAAGGACGAGAUGGGGCGGCGAUGACGAAGACGACGACGACAGGUCACGGGUGCACGUCGAUCUUCAACCCCAGCAGCAGGCUCUUCCUUACGGCUGGGAGCAAUUCCUCGACAUCAAUACAGGGGAAGUCUACUACAUCGACUGGAGCACUUGCAAGCGGACUUGCAGGGACCCCAGAGAGGUGGCUCGCCUCGCCGAUGAUAAAAUCCGAGCUCUCAGGCAAGUUCGCAGCUUCCAGCAGCAGGAGCAAGAGCAAGAGCACGGCGUUGUUAGUCGCAGCCACACAUCUUCAGCGCGGCCAGCAGCAGGGGCAGCACCAUCCUUCUCUUCCUCGUCGUCCGCCUCUGCCGUCUUUCCCCCUCAACCAUACCACCCUUCCUCGGAAGACGAAGAGCAAGACCACCAGAACGAGGCCUCGUCAUCGCAAGCACAAAGACGAGGCGGCAGGGGGCAUGAAAAUGUCAUGGUUGCGCUUGGCUGCCACCGCUGUUUGACGUACUUCAUGCUGCCCAGACAAGAUCCCGUCUGCCCAAGCUGUGGAGCUCGUCUCCAGGUGAAGCAUUGAAACGCUUUCCUUUUUUUUUGUUCAGAUAGGCUUCCAUUCCUUCUGUUUGUUCCUCCCGAAUUCAAUGCUGAGGUCCCUUCCUUGGGAAACUCCAGUCACACGGGACAUAAUACGACACACACAAACACACGCACACUUUUAACGCAGCUUUCUUUGAAUGACAAUCGUAUCACCACAGUGAUAAGUCCAUGUUCCAGCAGUCACCUGAGCAAAAAAAUCUCAACCAAGACUACUUAGUAUUACAGAUAGCAAGAGAAGAACGAAUGGAAGCCGGCAGAUAUGGAGGGGGGCUUAUCUAUUCUUUGAGCACACUAGGUGUAUCGAGGCACUUAAAACUUCCCGUGGUCUUGUUUUUGAGCUGCACGCCGCGGCCGCUGUCGAGGUGUCGGGAAUCGCUGGGCCUCUCAGCAAAAAGAAUUCUAAGGUGAAUCUUAGAGCUCCAGUUACAAGAAAUAGUCUGGCGUUCUUCUCGUCACGUCUGGUUCACCCCGCCUUGGA